AUGACUACAACAGAAUGUGGUAAUUAUAUAUGGUGUGAGGGGGAACUCCAAACAAUUGAACACUUUAUUUUAGAGUGCCCUACCAGUCAACGGGUUUGGAACAUAGGUUACCGAAUGUUAAAUAAUACCCUAAAUAUAACGAUACCUACCUCUAUUAAUGAUAUUAUUUCUCCUACCCAACUUCCUUCAAUAAAUGUUAAAAGAGCAAUCAAAUGGUUAAACCUCAAUAUAGUUUAUGAAAUUUGGUGCUUAUAUGCCUCCUCUAAAUGGUGCAAUAACACAAUAAGCACUUUUAAUAUUACAUCUAUAGUCACGCAUCAUUUAAACAGAGAACUCAAUGUUCUCCAGCAGCUUUCUCACACUGUAAAUAAAGGUCUCCCUUCGACCUUAAAAUUUCUUAAACAAAU